AGAGAGAGAGAGAGAGAGAGAGAACAGUCCAACAUAACCACUAGAACUGUGGGUACGCAUGUCAAAACAUGUUUACCAGCUCCUUGAUCAAUAAUUGUAUCCACCUUAUUUCUUUUCUCUCUCUCCCUCCAUCACUUCCUUCUGAUGCACUUUCCAUGUGCUUCUUCUAUAUAAUGUUUGAAGUGAUCAACAACUUCCCCUAUGGGUAGCAAAACUGAUUUUCAUCACAUGAUGAGUUCUUCAAUCUUUCUUCUAUGCUGCCUUCUCACACUCUCUUUGUAUUCCAUCUCCCAACACACAAGCUAUAGCUAUUCUCUAGAUUUUACACCAGCAAGGAAGUUGAGCAUGACAGCUCCUGGCCAUGAUCACAAAUAUCAUGAAAUACAGGUAGCAGACGAGGGAAUGGAAAGUGCCCCUGCUAAUGCAGACUUCACAACACUAGAAAUUACUGGCAACAGUUACAGUCCUCAUGAUCUUGUCUAUCAUACAGAUUACCAUGGAGUAACAACUCAUCCAACUCCUAAGCAUCCAAAACCAUAGGCUGCAGAUUUAAUUUUAAUAUGUGAAAGAUUUAUGCAGACAUGUAUUGUAGUUCUUACAAAUAUAUAAAUGUAAUGCACUGUGUGCUUGGCGAGAGAAAGAAAUAGUUUUGUUUAUAUACUGUAACUGAUUACGUGAUUUA